GUAAAAUCUUAAAUCCAAAUUAAUGUUUGGUUGGGUUGUUUUAAGAAAAAUAUUUUGAAUCCACGAACGAAGCCCUCCGCCGCAUAUCGCCACUCACAAACCGCCGCUUUCUGUGACGGAAGGAACCCUCUGGCCUCUGCUCUCACUCCGUCACACAGCUGUUCGCGGCCUCGGCAACCUUCCUCCGCACUCCGUUAGCAACCCACCUCCUCCGUUCACAGUUCACAGUUCACGUUCGGCUUUCCCUCGUUAUUGUUUUCAGAGAAGAGGAAAAGGAACACUGAUGACUGAACCCUAAGGUGAAAUUUGCCGCUGCGGCACCGUAAUACCGAAAAUCAGAAAGUCAUUUACAUAAUGUGGGAAGGCUUCGUGCUGUCUCAGGUUUGUGAUAUACUUCCUACAAACCAUGGCCAACAAAUCUCAAGAAGAGCCAAAGAGUGCUCCUGAGCCUGAUCGGUGGUACAAUCUCACCCUUGGAUCUUCCUUCAAAGAUGAUUCCUCUAAUAAAUACUGCACUCUACGAUAUGAAUUUAAACCAGCUUCAGUUGAUAAGACUAAGCCAGGAUAUCUACGCAAGUCCAAAGAGAACAGGGUUGCUGUGGAAUUUCAGAACAAUCAAGUAGGCAAACCCAAGGUGACAUUUGAGGGGAACAGUGAGGAAUACAAGGAAAAUGACGCUGUAUUGUUCUUUGAUGGUGAGACACUUCGAUUGGAGCGACUUCAUAGGGCUGUAAAGCAACUGCGGCACCUACGAAUGCCUGGUGAAUCUGCAGCUGCUGCGGCUACAGGUCUUGCUGGUCCAUCUGGACCAGGUUUGGAUCCUCGAUCAUCCCCAGUUGGAAAGCCUGUAAAACCAGCAUCUCUUGGCAGGAACUCAUUUCAGGCUGUGCCAGUUGAGGUGGAACGUAUUGAUAUUGGUGAACCUGAAAAUACUGGCAUCAAAUCUGGUUCUAAGAGGUCAGCUGAUAAUCUAAAUGAACUUCCCAUUAAUACCUCACCAGGUGACAAGAAUGAAGUCGAGGAACAUCAAGAUAUAGAUAUUCAUGACCUUUUUGGCAGUGAAACACCUGAGGAUGACCAUAAUAUGGAAGAAAAAGAUAAUGUUGAUGUUGGAUUUGACAUGAAUGUUCCACAGGCACACACUGAUGAUGAGAUGGUUGAUGUGGAUGAUAGUGGUGAUGAGGUGGACAAAGGACCAGACACCACAGAAGCUCUGAGAGCCCAGGUGAAUGCAGAGGGGAGGGAUGAGCAGACAUCUUCUUCUAGCAGUAGCAGUGGAAGUGGCAGUAGUGAAAGCGGAAGUGGAAGUGGGAGUGGGAGUAGCAGCAGCAGUGACAGUGAAGGCAGUGAUGAAGACUCGGUUCACUCAAUCUGAAGUUAUACCACUAUGGUUUCUUUCUUUUCCUUUUCUCAUUGGUAAUUACUUUUUGCAAAAUAAUCCAAUACAUAAUGAAUUAAAUGUAUUUAUCAAAUCUGGCUUAGAAGAAUUUAAUAAGCCUGUCUUGAAGUUGGGAAUUCAAUCAUCGCACUAUUUAUCGGUGUGCUGAGGGUUGUAAGUUAGAGAAAUGCUAUAUUUUGUGUUUGUAUUAAUCGACAUUAAAUAAUUUUUCUUUGGCAUUAAAAAAUGUGAAGCAAAUUUUAACUAA